CGCCUGUCAACCUGCACGAUCGUAAACAAAAGUCAUGAAAGUUGUGGACGAAACUCCUGGAAGUUCAGCAAGAAAGGGAACGUUUUGGGAAAGAACGUUGCAACCUGACGCCACAUUUUCUUCAUAUAUCAUCUCAAUAAGUAAACUAUGGCGACAGGCGUCCAACAUGACCUGAUGAAGCAGGCACAGUGCUUUUGGUCAAUGCUGGAUGAGCUUGCAGAGACCGAUGAAGAUGCAUACAGGAAGUUCAUGGCCACAAACCUCCAAAGAGGACAGCAAGAAUUGACACCGGCCAAGCCAUGGAUGUGUGUCAAGACCCGUAUCAUGUAAUGGACGUGUUGACUCCUUCACUGCCACAGUCGGCUACAGAGUAAUGCCUUUCAUGGGUUAAAGGAUUACCAAGUUGGACUACCGAAGCUGUCUGUAACUAAACUGUGCCCACAUCACCAGCGCUAAAUGGCAGAAUCACCGGCUAAGAGAGCCCGAAGACGAAAUGAGACACAAACUAACCCUGGUCCAAGCACAGCACCAGCCAGUCAGGCAGCUGCAACCCAACAACUACCGGCUGGUAACAAACAACCUUCCCAGCAGGAACCAACACCACAACCACUGCCGCAACUACAGCCAAGACCGGGUGAGACACGAACUAACCCUGGUCCAAGCACAGCUCUGACCCAACAACUACCGGCUGAUGGAGUGAGGGAUGAUCAACAAACGACUCAGUCUGGCAGCAGACAGCCUUCCCAGCAGGAACCAAUGCCACAACCACCACCGCAACUACAGAUAAGACCGGGUGAGACACAAACUAACCCUGGUCCAAGCACCUCACAAGACAGUCAGGCAGCUGCAACCCAACAACUACCGGCUGAUGGAGUGAGGGAUGAUCAACAAACGAAUCAGUCUGGCAGCAGACAGCCUUCCCAGCAGGAACCAACACAACAACCACCGCCGCAACUACAGCCAAGACCGGGUGAGACACAAACUUACCCUGGUCCAAGCACAGCUGCAACCCAACAACUACCGGCUGAUGGAGUGAGGGAUGAUCAACAAACGACUCAGUCCAGCAGCAGACAGCCUUCCCAGCAGGAACCAACGCCACAACCACCACCGCAACUACAGCCAAGACCGGGUAUCACUGAGCCCGUUCUACGCAUGAUAGAAAUCACCGGACUCCAGGGGCCGGUUACCUUUGAGGAUUUACAACAGGAAAUUAUCGACAACUACAAGCAAACUGCAACGACUAUUCCUGCACACCCUACACUGCAGUCACGUCAAGUGGGUAUUGAGGAAUUCUUUAUUCCUCUGCACCUGAAAAAGAACAUUCCAGGGAAAACAAAAUCAGAGAGGUCGGUGACAUUACCAGAAGGAAAAUUGUUCUUGGAUGAAGCACUAUAUGACAUUCUCAAUUCCUUGGAUGAUUUGUUCAAUCAGGAAAUAGUUAAGGAAAUCAAGAUUCUUCUUAUUGGUGGGGCCGGGAUGGGUAAAUCAACCCUGUUAGUGAAAGUUGCAAACUCCUCCAUCACACUUAGAUCAAAACCCCUUCUUGGUAGAUUCGAUCUUGUGCUUUGGAUAAAGCUGAGGCAAAUGCAGCAUACCAGUUGCGUCUUGGAUGCCAUAUUUGACCAAAUUCUAGCACGAAACACCAAACUGACAAAACGCAUAGUGAAAGGGUUCAUUGAUGAUCAUGAAUCAGGCAUUGCUUUGCUGUUGGACGGAGUAGAUGAAAUUCCAUCUCAUGUUUUGCAAUCUGAGGAGGGCGUAUACAGGGUUCAGGAUAUCUUACACAACAGAGUCCUUACUAAAAGUUUUGUGCUGGUCACCACCCGACCACACAUGAAACAGUACAUACUUAGGGGUCACCCAAGGUAUGCCCAAGUGGAGACAACUGGCUUCAAUCCACAAAACAGGGAUCAGUACAUCAGAUUAAACCUUCCUGAUGAUGCUGACAGGGGAGAGGCAUUGGUUUCAAAUCUGAAAACCAAUCAACAUCUCUGGGAAAUGUCAAAAGUUCCGAUCAUUUCCCAGAUGAUAUGCCUUGUUUGGAAGAAUCAAAAGUCAUUGCCUGAGAGAAUUACUGAGCUGUUUGCAAAGUUUACGGAGGUUCUUUUCAUUCGCCGCAACGAAGAAAUGGGUGAUCAGCACAUGAUGUCCAUCAUGAUGUCCAUCAUUGAUGACUUGGGGCGUGUUGCAUUGCAAGGGUUACUAGACUCUAGAGGGGAAAGACUUAUGUUCAAUGAAACUGAAUUUCAGAAUUGUCAGUCUUCCUUAGCUGAGGGUUGUCGUGUUGGUUUCGUUCAACGUGAAACAUUCACGAGUGGUCUGGAUGUAAAAGCGUUGGUCACUUUCCCCCACAAGUCCAUCCAAGAAUACUUUGCAGCAUGUCACCUGGUGAAAUUGCUACAAGAUGACGAAAACAAUUUCCGUCAUCAGUUGAAGCAGAUUGGAGAAGGCAAUGUUCUUGCGAUGGAAUACCUGCUGAGAUUUUGUUGUGGUAGAUCAAUGCAGGCUGCUGGUUUCAUUCUGGAUCACAUACAAGAGAUGCAAGGUGAUGAGGAGGAACUGCAGGGAUUGGCCCGGUUGCUCAUGUUCGAGGCUGGUUCAGAAGAGUUGGCUACCAAACUUGUCAGACCAACUAGGGUAGCCUGCAAGAGUAACGAAGACCUGAAAUCACUGAGCUACUACUUACAGCAUGUCACUCCACCACUUCAAGGUGCAGGUUUUCACAUGCGUGUAAGAAAGCAGGAGCUUACCAUUCUCAGGGUAAUUCUUCUGAGUGACAGCAUGAAGUCAGCUGGGCUGAUAGCGGUUCGCUACUACUUGUCUGAGCAGGAGGAGGAGCUUAUCCUUCUUGAGGAAACACUUGGUGUGGUGGAUGAACAGCACCCUGCUGAAUUACAGGUUGUGGUUUGCAUUGAGGCAAAGUCAUGGUUUGACGUGGGGCGUGUAUCACACAGGUUUUUCCACAUGCAGGAACAAAUAGGCGAUCUUGGUUUGGUUAUGUUCCAACGAUCACCGGAUGAGGUUGUUGAUCUAUUGAAGGCACUGGAAGGAUGCAGGUUGCUUUCGCUCACUCUGUAUGGCACCAACCUGCAUGCACGGGUGCGACAUGUCAGCCACAUCCUGUCAUUCCUUACAAUCUUGCACCUCAUUGCAUGCAGGUUGGUAGAUGAUGAUGUGAAGGACCUGAUCAGCAUCCUUCCUGCUGGGCAUGGUUUAAAACGGCUUAUUCUUGAUGGCAAUGCAUUCAGUUUGGAUGCAGUCAGGGCUCUCACCCAUCAUCUCCGAGGUCUCCCUAAGUUAUAUUGGUUGAGUCUUCGUAACAUCGGCCUCAAUGCUGAACUCAUCAGACAAGUUGUCAGUCAAGACCUCCCUCACCUGAAGGAAAUAGCAGAGGGAGAAUUCCGAGCCUAAAUAAUCUCCCAUCAAGUCAUAACUCUCACCCUGUUCCCUAUGAAUGCACCACGCUCACGAGCCCCAUUAAACCGAAACAAGUAGCAUGUAUGAUGGGUCAUUUUAUGUGAAGUCAAUGCUCUGCAUCCCCCUCCCCCCC